GAGCAUUGGCUGGUGCUACUCUCAGUUCCCAUGGCAAACUCCAUGGAUGUGGAAGGCCAAAACUCCAAUCGCCAGAACCAGGAUGCCGCUCCCCUGAUGAGCAAAGGCCUGAGGAGGGUCCUCAUCGGCCUCAACUGCGUCCUCAUGGCGCUCGGCAACACUGGCGGCCCGCUUCUCCUCCGCCUCUACUUCCGCAGCGGCGGGAAGCGUCAGUGGCUCUCGAGCUGGCUCGUGACCGGCGGAUGGCCCCUCAUCUUCCUCCCUCUCCUCGUCACCUACCUCCACCGCCGCCGCCACCAAAUCCGCCCCAGCCAUAUCCACCCCACCAAGCUCUUCUUCAUCACCCCGCGACUCUUCCUCGCUUGCGCCUUCCUCGGCCUCCUCACCGGCCUCGACGACUUCCUCUACGCCUACGGGCUGUCUUUCCUCCCCGUCUCCACCUCGCUUUGCGACGGCUUUCUGCACCGUUGGGAUGCUGGUGAGCAAGGACUUCCAGGCGAUUCCACGUGAAGCAAGGCACUCCGAAGGGGGGGAGUCUAGAUACUACGCGAUACUUGUUUGGAGCGCCGUCUUCUGGCAGUUCUUCUUCUUGGGCACAGUGGGUAUCAUCUUCUGCGUGAACACGCUGCUGGCCGCCAUCCUCAUCGCCGUGUUCAUCCCGGUGACCGGGGUGUUGGGUGUCGUCUUCUUCGAGGAAAGCUUCAGCAGCGAGAAGGGCGUCGCUCUCGUCCUCGCACUCUGGGGUUUGGCCUCCUACUGCUACGGAGAGUACAGGCACGAAAAGGAUAAGAAAGACAAAGCAACACCCAGUAAUCAGGUUGCUUGAACUGCUGUACUUUUGUGAGCAAAGAGAUCGAUUAAAGAUU